CCACGAUAAAAUCCUGUGAUUCCCCUCACAGUUCGCCUCGAACUAGUCAAGACGCUUGCCACAAAUGGGCUGUCCUGUUACUCUCAUUUAAUAAUAGCCAAGAACUGGCAAAUAACCAGCACCUUGACUUUUCAACGAGAGUUUUCUUCAGCAUCAUCGAACUAUGCCACCAAGGCAACGGCUCGUUCGCCGGCGACCUCUUUCGGAGCGCAUCUCCGGUUGGCUUAAUCCUUCGGAUUUUCUUCUCUGGGCGUCGGAGGAGAUCAAAACAAGAGACUUGGAUGCUGCAUCUGUUGGCACCAAGAUUGCGGUUGGCGCAAACGUCGUUUUUCUGAUUGCGCGUGCCAACUACGGGGCAACGAUCACUGGUGACGAUGUCUUCUCAGAACCCCGGUUUAAUUGGGCUACUCUGUUUGCUAAACAAGUUGUCUGGGUUCUUGCACUGGGCUCGAUCAUCAAUGCACUGAGUCUGAUGUAUCAGAAACGCCACUACCGCCUCUUCGAAGCCAAUCUUGAGCAAAAGCCCGGAACGCCUUCGGCUCACCGAGUCCGAGUUCAGUCCUCGCCAAUGUCUUCAUCCCCCAUGCGGCUCCUGGCCGGUGCCCUGGGUUCAGAUUCAGCCGAGUCUCGAGCACACCCGGAUAAGACGCGGGACGUGUGGGAAAUUGCUGUAUGGGACCCAAUACCCGCCUGCUUGCAGGGAAUUAUUUACUUCAGCCCGGUCCACGUGCUUGUAUACCUGUUUGCCUUGCCACUGGAUCCGAUGGAGAACAGGCCGAGCGUGACAGUGUUCAAGUCUCUCGUCAUGCAGAUCAUACUGUCUCUCAUGCUCCAGAUGCUACAGGGCAUGAAUGACCAGAGGCAGAAAGACGCGGCUCUUGUUCAACGGGAAGUGAUGCGCGAGUACGAUACCAAAUAUGUUCACCCGCGCCUGCAUCCCUUGGUGCGAGAUGUAGGGGUUCAGACAGCAGCGGAUGGGGAUGAGGAUUUGGUCGAGACUGGUAUUGCGACUACUCUGAUCCGACGUGGAUUCCAGACCCACCCUAAUCCCAACUACAUGAAGCACAUCGACCCGGACAAUGUCACCAAGAAGUCGAAUGCACCAGCCGUCUCCUUGAACUCGCGCUUGGUUACGCCGGCAUCUCGCAACAGAUACUCGGAUUCAUUCGGGCUUACGCAGCAGCAAUCCGCACGGCAGCCUCGCCAGAGCAUGCCAGCUUUGGCUAGCACUCCCGUCUCUUCCACCUCAACCUCCACAGCAGCAAACCAGCAGGGUAUCAGCACGGGAACCAACUUUGGUGGCAGUCUGGGAGUCUUUACCCACGGCAACUCGCCCCUCAAAAAAGCCACAAGCCUGAAGGAGAUCAACAACGCCGCAGGCUAUGCUUCUCCCCGCAACUCGCGCGAGAUGGCGGCAAUGGAGCAGCGGGAAGCUGCAGAUCGUAUGCAGCGAAGAGAAACCCCCCUGAAGCUUACGGAGACGGCCGACGCGCCGGAACAACAACACACUGGUUUUACCCCAGUAGUCAUGGGUUACCAGCGAUUUGUACUUGAUUCUAUGAAGCUCCGAUUCCCGCAGGAUCGUGAUCUUCACAGGCCAGCCGCAGUCACUCAUGCAUCGGAGAGGCAAUCGGAUUCGGGUCAGCGGUCAUCCAAAAUGACUAAUAAUCAGAGGCGAAGAUCUUCAAUAGCCGAAUUCGUUCAUAACUUGAAGCCCGGGAACCGUCCCGAAAGGGGCGGUACGAUUCGACAGCUUACCGAGCGGGGCUCCUUCAUCAUCGAAACACCACCAGCAAACGGUUCUGGCGAUGGAGAAGUAAAUCCCGAUGACCUCACACUGGUGAUACCUGAGCCUAUACUACAGAGCCCGCGAGAAAUGUCUUCAGAGACACAUGCGCAGCAUCCGUCAGUCAGGCUUGCAGCCAAAACUGAAAUGGCCUGGGACCAACCACACCCAACCCAACGUCCGGUCCGGAAAGGGCACAUGGCAACACGAUCACCUACUGUCUCGUCGCCGUUAGCAUGCGAGUACCGAUCAAGAGAAUCUAAUCAAAAUAUGGGCCAAGCCGUUGCCGCAUCCUCUUCUCCACAUGGGAUCAAACAACAUAUUUCUCCGAAGCUGCUACACGCCAACAUUGACAACCUUAAAGCGCAGGGGUUCAACCCGGAGACAGGGCUGUUUGACUCACUAUCAUCGACGGGGAGCAUUACACAGGAUGUAAACCAUCACAUGAACUUUCGUACGAGACAGCAACAUGGUCGUGAAAGAAAAUAUGUACUGCCCGGCCAUCGAUUUCGAGACAAUGUUAUCAUGGAAUCUAUCAGCGAUAGUCCCGGGCAGCACGGACAGUCGACACCUAUCAACACUUCCACUGACAGUAGUGACGCAACUACUAUACACAAAGCUGCACCGCCAAGGAUGCCAUCCUAUGUUCCUGGUCAACCCGAUGUUAUCGUAUCUGUGAGGCAGCUUGGAAAAGAUCACGAAAGCAACAAAAGAGACACGAUCACAGGCAUAAAAUAUCAUGAGACCGUUCCUCUUGUUGCUGCCACCGAGGGCGGAGAUACGGCCUGCCAGUCCGGCAACGUGAAUGUAACUGAUGAUCAACCGGCGCAGAUGAAGAGGGAGGUCCCCGAGGUGCAUCAGAUAAUUCUCAACAAGCAACUGGACCACGUAUCAAGCCGGUUGUCGCAACCACCAUCGACACGCCACCCAGGUUCAGUUACCUCCCACAUAGAGGAGAUGAAGGCUUCAUUAGUCUCCCACAGGGCACAUUCGAAUACAAGCAGCCACAACUUCACGACUAUGUGCAAAUCGGAAAUGACGUAUCAACAGGGCCAUCAGCCGACCGAAUCUAUAGUGAGGGAUUUGAAGGCGGACGACAAGGAUUCGUGCCAUCGGAAGCUCAACGCAACUCACACCAAGGGAACCGCUCCUCAAGAAAACAAACCAGGGUCCGAUUUGCAGACGACACUUACCCAGAUCGAGAAGACGCCUCAACAGAGUGGCAGUCACAAGGACAGCAUCACCGAAGAUCACAUAUCGGCAAAGGAAUAUCAGCCACCGGAGAAGGUCUCCACGGGCUUACAAGAGAAGAGGCAGAGUAUGAAGUCGAUGCAAACCUGCACAAUCAAGAGUCCGAAUGUAUCAGCUUCAGGUCUCAGUCAGGUUGCAUGCACAUCCACCACCACCACUAUUGGCAAUGGGUUCGACCAACCCCACCGCGUGCCUUUGAAGGCUGCGAGCCGUCAGGGAGCCCUGGGCCGAACCCUGCGAGUUCCUUUGGGUCCAGAGCGGGAGCAGAAGUUGCCAACACUACUAUACAGCCGACAAGCAGCUGGGCCCAAGAACAGUUUGGAGGCGGAUUCCCUGCCCAGUCGGCCAAUGAAAAGACCGCCGAGCUUGCAAGACCACCAUCUCGCGAUAGCAGCGAUCGCAUCCACUUCUACCUCGUCCUUGACCCACAGCACGCCGUCAACGGUGAGCAAGCUGCAGUGCACAAGAGAGAAGACAGAGGCGCUUAUGAAGCACAAGCCACCUCCCCCGCGAGCCAAAACACCAUCCACGUCCACAUCCACCUCCCCACAAGCAUUCUCAACACCGGCCCGGUCGGAGGCAGCCAAAAUUCUAUGGGGCAUAUCACCGGCGAAGAAGCUGCUGGGUCAUCAGCGCCUAUUGGCGGCGGCAGAAUCGAGCGCCAACAAGGCGGGGAUAGCAGACCCGGCGAGCAAGCCCGAGAAAGUAGUUCAGACGGAGGACAAGACGCAAAGUCCCUCCGGAGGAAAAGAGGUCGACGGUCACUGCAGCGGAACGCCUAAAAUACCGGCGCAAAGUGAGCCGGCAGCGGAGUGUCAAGGCUUCCCAGCUCAAAUGCGACUGAUCAUGGCUGGAUGGAGCAUGGCGGGUCUUUUGUUUGCUUGGGUUGUGCUCAAGAAAUAUUGGGAUGUUGCUGUGCCCGCUUUCAAGGAGAAGUCGGCGAUGCGUGAGCGACUUGCCAAGGGUCGUCCCACAGUAGGUGAUAUAGUAUCCUUAGUACUGGCAGCGAACGCUGUGUUUAUAGGCAUUCUGGCCGGUGUCUAG